AUGCAAACCGAUAAAACACUACGGAAGGUUGCGAAAUAAUGAUUAAUCGCUAUUAGCCUAUUAAACACGGUUGUUUAAUCCUUUAUUCAGCGUUGUAGUGGAGGUUCAGUGCAGCUGUGGCUGCUCCCGGAAGAAACAAGACAUGAUUAUUUUGUGUUCCUCCUGUAAAAAGACAAGCGUUUAAAAUCAGAUAUAAUCGAUACCUGUAUCUUGGAAACAUCAAUUAGCAAUCUUGACAGUAUUCUGUUGCGAUAUUUUACAUUUGUAAAACGUGACUAAAUGCAUAUGUGCGACACGUCAGUUUAUGUUUAUAAUUUUAUUUGCAGUUUUCCAUUUAUUCACGUUUUUACCCCAUACGUAAGUUCAAUGAUGCGUUUUAUUUUUGGUUAGAAACAUCAUCGGUGCAAAUGAAAUCAGUGACAUAUCUAUGUAAAAUAUAUUUAAAAAAUCUCCAGACGCUUUAAACAAUUGAAAAGCUAAUUUAGGUCACAUAUGCAUUAAGAUUAAAUAUGGCACGUGAACUAAAUCCCGCGAAAUAACAUUAAAAGUGCGUUCAUAACAAUUAUCUAAUUUAGACCUUUCAUAUAUUACAUGAUUUAGGAAUUAUAGAUAUUUUUUUAAUUUAAGGAUACAUGCUUUAUUCCACCGUGAAUAUUGCCUUCAUCCAGUCGUAGCGUCAUACGUCCCUUGACGUAAGAACGUGCUCGUCCAAUCAGACGCAGGGACAGAACAGCAGCUUGUGUUUGAAAUCUUCGCGCUUAGGGUUUUGGUUUUGCUUACUAUCAGCUCGAAUGUUGUCUAUAAAGUUAAAAAAGAGAAAUAAAACCUUCUUGUAAUACAAUAGACUAACCAUUCGUCGUGGAUUCAUAUUGUACCAUAUGAUACACAUACCUUAAGGAGCAGAGAUUUUCAGUGGGAAGCUGUAAAAUGUCAGAUGGAGAGGUGUGCAGCCACGUGAAAGUGGUGGUCCGUGUCCGUCCUUUAAAUAACAAAGAAAAGGAUGGAAAUCACAAGAAAGUUGUCCAAGUAGUCGACAACCACAUGCUUAUCUUUGACCCUAAAGAGGAAGAAGUGACAUUUUUCAAAGGACAGCGGGUGGGCAACAGGGAUGUGCGGAGGAGAGCCAAUAAGGACCUCAAAUUUGUGUUUGACAGCGUGUUUAGGGAGGACUCUUCACAGGUGGAAGUUUUUGAGAACACCACUAAAGCGGUAGUGGAUGGUGUUCUGAAUGGCUACAACUGUACUGUGUUUGCUUAUGGAGCUACAGGAGCAGGAAAAACACACACCAUGUUGGGCGCUAAUGAUGCUCCAGGAGUGAUGUUUCUUACUAUGAAAGAACUGUUCACUCGUAUGGACCUCAUCAAGGAGGACAAAGUGUUUAACAUUGCUUUUUCUUAUCUUGAGGUUUAUAAUGAGCAGAUUCGGGAUUUGCUAACUAACUCUGGUCCAUUAGCGGUGAGAGAGGAUGGCUCCAAUGGAGUUGUUGUUCAAGGACUCACCCUGCACCAGCCCAAAUCUGCAGAGCACAUCCUUGAAGCUCUUGAUUAUGGUAACAGAAACAGGACGCAGCACCCCACUGACAUGAACGCCACGUCUUCCCGCUCCCAUGCCGUAUUCCAGAUCUACUUGAGGCAGCAGGAUAAGACAGCCAGUCUCAAUCCAAAUGUUCGUGUGGCCAAGAUGAGCUUAAUCGACCUGGCCGGCUCGGAAAGGGCCAGUGUGACCAAUGCCAAGGGGGCUCGUCUCAGAGAGGGGGCCAACAUCAACCGCUCCCUCCUCGCUCUGGGGAACGUCAUAAACACGCUCGCCAACCCAAAAUGUAAGAAGACACACAUUCCUUACAGAGAUAGCAAGCUGACACGGCUCCUCAAAGACUCUCUGGGUGGAAACUGCCGAACUGUGAUGAUCGCGAACGUCAGCCCGUCCUCGCUCUCCUAUGAAGAUACACACAACACUCUCAAAUAUGCCAACCGCGCCAAGGAGAUCAAAUCCACUCUGAGAAGUAACGUGAUGAGCUUGGACAGUCAUAUUGGCCAGUAUGCUGUCAUCUGUGAAAAGCAGAAAGCUGAGAUUGUCAUGCUGAAACAGAAACUCAAAGAGUACGAAGAACGGAAGGUGGAGGUUCCUGCCCUUAAUCCAAUCCCUGUCCAGAGGAGAGCCGAAUUUGAGAAGAUGUCGGAGUCGCUGCGCAGCGUGUUUGCAGCACGUCUGCAGGUACGUAAAGAGCAUCUGGACAUCGAGAAGCAACUGAAUGAAAGCAAGCUGACUAUGAGAAACAGGGAGCUGUGGCACCAGCAGAGCCUCAUAUUCUUCCACGACAACAGGGCUGAAAGGGCCACCUGUAAGUAUGAGCGUAAACUGGCCUCCCUGAAGUCUCAUCAGGAGCAUUUGCAAAAACGCUUGAUGGAGAAUGAAAAGCACUUCCAGGAGAACGAGGGAUGGCUUCACCGCGUCGAAAACGAGAUGAAGUUGCUUGGACAUGAAGGACACUCUCCAGAGGAGCUAAAAAGAGAACUGCAGUGCCAUCAGCUGCAGCUGCAAAUCACUGACCUUCAGCAACACAUCGAACACAUGAGCCACCUCAUCAGUGUUCAAGACCAGGAAAACGCUCACACGCACAAGUUGGUGAACGCCCUACUGUCCACCUGCCGCCGGCAGCACCUGGCGUUGAAGGCCGCGAGCAUUGCCACAGAUGACGUUGAGUGGGAGGAGCUGGAACGGCUGGUGCAUAGAGAAAGGGGUGUGGUCUGGGCAGACCAGGAGAAAGCAGAGGACAGGGAUGAUGGUGGCACAGGAAGCUCUCAUCUACAGCCCAUCCUGUCUUUCUCACACCUGGUGACUCACCAGAGCACGCCAUGCAGCUCCGAGAAACACACACGCAGAACCUCGCAGCGUCUCAGACCAACACACUCAUCUAAAGGCUGUAGCCCUCAACAUCAGGAUGAAAAUGUUGAAUGUCCUCUUAAAAAACCAAUCAGGAGGAAACUGUCUGUGUCUCCUGCAAACCCAGAUGAGGGUGGGCCCAUUCCUGCGCUGUCCCAUUACCCUCCUGCCGUCCAGGAGGUCUUAAAACAGGAGGGCAUGUUCCCGCUGCAGUACACUCCUGAGGUGCAGCCGCCCACCUCCAGCAGCUUUGAUCCAAACUCCACUAUUGACAUUGGUCACAACGAAGACCCAUCAGGCGGUAAUGUCACUGUCAUUCUAUCACCCGAGCCCCCUGGCCUCACAACACUCCGGGCGCUACGUGCUAACAACGGAAAUGAACUAGCUAAAAGGUUGGAGAUCCCAUCUCUGCUAGACCUGCGAAAAUCCAAACCGUCCUACAUGGCGAUGACAUCAGCUGCUCAAGUUAAGCGCAAGUUCAACUGUUCCAACACUGGGAAAGAAGACAGUUCUCAGACCACGUCCACGGCACCCAAGCGCAUAAAGAGAGACGUCUGCGAGGCAUCUAAACCACUGCGAAUCCGUCGUUUUGGAGUGUCUUCAGAGAAUGAGCCAAGCCGUAGAGUAGUACGGAGUGUGUCUGAGGGAAACCUCCAUCAGCUUGACCAGCGCAAGCCCAAGUUGAGCUCAAUGAGGCCUGCUGCACUCUUUAAAAAAGUCACCAAGAGGAUGUGAGAGGUUUCCUCUGGCUAUCAAAGGCGCCGUUCUCUCAUUCACUGGCCUCACGCACUGCCUUCUCAUUAGAGUUGAUGUAGAAAUGUAAAAAGGAAAUUUUUUCUGUUGUUUUUAUUGCAGGAGCAGGUAUUCGGGCUUAAUUAUUUCUAGAAAACUGGAUUGUUUUUAUGUUAAUGUUUUAAAAUAUGAAUGUGCGUAGAAAACUCGUCCAGCCUAAUAUGAAGCUCACAUUAAAGUAUUAAUUGAUGUUCAGGUUUUGUAAAGCAACUUGGUUUUAUUAUUGCUACCGAGUGACUUUUUUUCUCCCUUUUUAAAAUGUCUUAAUUAAAAAAUCGCUCCAUUUAGAGAGCUACUUUCAGGUUUCUAUUU